AUCAUCUGCUAUCUAGUCGGCGACACAGAUUAAAAUUACAAAAUGGAAGAAGGAAGAACUAGCCUGAAGAAAAGAAAGAGAGUCACGGAUGAGAAAGAUGACAAGAACCUCUGGCGUGUAAAAUGUGGAGACAAAAAGGGUUGGAUGGAUGUAGAGAAGUUGAGAAAAGGUAAGGAUUGUAUUGAGUUUGAAGGCUCCUUUUACAGUCCACCUGAGUUUGAGAAGCUUGCAGGAAAAGAUUCAUGUAGAAAAUGGAAGUCAUCUAUUUACCACAAGAAAGCUCCUCUGCACUAUUGGUUCAAGAGAGGUUACCUAACCACUACAGGAUAUAGACAAAAAAAACGACAAUCAUCAGACCUUGAGUCCCAGGACCUCUUAACAGUCCUGUUCAAUAAAUACUCACCUGCAUCAGAGCUGCUGCAUUUUGGGUCCCAUCUUCAACUCCACACGUCCGCCACCCCGGACACGACAGAAAAUGAGGAUGGAGAAGAGGAUGAUGAGGAUAUGGAUGAAGAUGAUGUAUGGGCAGAUAAAUGGGAAGAUAAAGAAGCUACACAGAUUUCUAUCUCUUCUUCUGAAGAAGAGAGUGCGGAAGAUCAUGUUAAAGAUAUAGAUGACGAUGGAGAAGAGGAAGAUGAGGAUAUAGAUGCAGUUGAUGUCAGUAACGAUGAGCCUAGCACUGAGGAAGAUGAGGAUGAAGAAGAUGAUAAUGAUGAGGAUGAGACUGUGCCUGCUGUUGCCUCUAACCAUACUGGCAGCAGUGGUAUCAAAGCAAGUGUAACACCUAUGAUGAAAGAAGUAAAGGGUAUUGUUAACAUCCCUCCUGAGAAGAGUACACAUCAUCCUGACAUGCCAAGAUCUGAAGUCAUUGGAAAUAACAGAGAUGUGGCAAAAAACACAGCAAUCAAACAGCUGAAUGUUAAGAAAGAACCUGAAGAGAAACUGAAGAAGACAACAACAAGCACAAUUUCAAUACCUGGGAAACUUGCCCCGAAGAUUAAAGAAGCUUAUGGUAUCGUUAAUAGCCUUCCUGAGAAGACUAGACAUCAUCCUGACACGACAAGAUCUGAAGUCAGUGGAAAUAACAGAGAUGUGGCAACAAACACAGCAAUCAAACAGCUGAAUGUUAAGAAAGAACCCCAAGAGGAACUGAAACACAAGGAAGAUCGUGUUAAAGAUCAAGAUGAAGAACAAGAAGAUGAGCAUAUGGAUGAAGAUGUUGUUGGUGAUGAUGAGCCUAGCACUGAGGAAGAUGAGGAUGAAGAAAGUGAUAAUGAUGAGGAAGAGACUGUGCCUGCUGUUGCCUCUAACCAUACUGGCAGCAAUGGUAUCAAAGACAGAGUAACAAGUGCAAUUCCAACACCUGGAAAACAUGCAUUACAGAUGAAAGAAGUAAAGGGUAUGGUUAACAUCCCUCCUGAGAAGAGUACACAUCAUCCUGACAUGCCAAGAUCUGAAGUCAGUGGAAAUAACAGAGAUGUGGCACAAAACACAGCAAUCAAACAGCUGAAUGUUAAGAAAGAACCUGAAGAGAAACUGAAGAAGACAACAACCAGCACAAUUUCAACACCUGGGAAACCUGCAGUGAAUAUCAAAGAAGUAAAGGGUGUCGUUAAUAGCCUUCCUGAGAAAGCUAGAGAUCAUCCUGACACGACAAGAUCUGAAGUCAAUGGAAAUUCCAGAGAUGUUGCAAAAAACACAGCAAUCAAACAGCAAAAUGUUAAGAAAGAACCCAACAAGGAACUCAAUGACCAUCAACAUACAGAGGUGCACUUCUCUGGCCACAGUGUAACUGAAGUACAAUCCAUGAGACCAGAGAUGAGUGCAGACAUGUCAGAGGCCCCAUCACCUGGGCCCUCAGCCAGCUCUGGUUUGGAUCUUGAUCAACUGAAGAGGGAAAAAGUAAAAAUGGAACUAAAGGUUUUAAAAUUAAAAGAAUACUAUUAUGCUUUGAAAAUAAAAGAACUUAAAAAAUGAGGAUUAAUGCUUCUGUAAAGCUGACAUUGCAGAGAAUAAAUUAAACGAUCGCUGUGUUUACAUCCACAAACUGACACACAUUAUCUGGAGGUUUCUUGGGUGGAAUGUUGCUUUUGAGAAAAGCUGCAAAGUCAAGUGUGCUGCAUUUAUACACCGUACUUUUUCUUUGCUAUACUCAGGUUUCCUUUAGUAUUGUUGAUUACAGUGUUUUACUUUGUUUCUGUGAUGGAAUAGAUAGAUGGUAUUUUCUUCUGUAAAAUGUGAAUAAACAAUAUUGAUGCUUUUUAUCUGUAAAUUGCGCUAAAUGUUAUGAAACUGUGUUUCCUUUAGACUUUGCCCAAGCUGCAGUAAUCAUUGUAAGACAUAGCCUGUAAACAGCAUCAUGCAAUGUCUUGAACCACUGCUCAUUUCUUUAUAUUUUGCAUAAGGAGCAAGAGAUUUUAGAAAUUUGUAAGACAAAAGCAAUAGAUUAGACAAAAAUAUUUUCAUGGAAAUUUGUUCAACCAUAAUGAGAAAAUACAA